AUGUCCUGUCAUUUGAUUAAUCUCAAUUCUUAUAUGCCAGAUGCCUUCGCUAUAUGCCGUAUGCCGUUUGAGAUGGGUCCCUGCGAAGAAUUUGACGGUAGAUAUGGAUACGAUGCCAGAAGCGGCAAAUGUAUCGAAUUCAUCUACAGUGGUUGCGGUGGAAAUGCCAACAACUUUUUCACGGAAGAAGGCUGUGAAAGAGCUACCCGAAAAUGCCGAGAAAUG